CACAAAAAGUCGCAAUAGAAGAAGACGCGGCAUCAGCUGAUUUGGUAUGUCAGUAGUGCAGUUCUGACAAAUUUGGGACAAAUUGAUUUUACCAAGUAAAACGUGUUUUAUCCUCAGUGUUUAAUCUACACUGACAGUUUACAUCUACAAAGAAGGCAAUAACGCUCGUUCGUCUGCGAUGUUUCACUGACGAAGGCUAGCAUAAGAAAAGCGACCAACUUUUAAACGCUUACUAUGGCCAGCCACCUACGAACAAAGCAACAAUAGGUACACGUUACAAUCCGAAGAAAACCAGCCAGUCCAAUUGUUUGUUACUAAUAUGUUAACUCGCUGUCGAAAGGAAUAUCAACCAAGGUGGUAGUUAUGAAAUAUGUCUGAAAGCUCAAGAAAAAGGAAGCACAAGAGGUCCUCCAAAGAAGAGGAAACAUCCAAAGAUCAACAAAAGGGUGAGCGAUCCAAGAGAAGGCCCAAUGAAAACCAACACUCUAGAGAGCAUGCUUCUCCUCCUGUCGAAAAGGAGAAGCGCCAAAUCAAAAAGGCUGUAUACAAACUCCGUAGGCCUACUGGAGAAGAAACAGACAGGAGACAGGUCUCUCAGACAAAUGUGGCCUAUUCAAAGACAAAAAGAUCCUCUGCUUCGACCCACAAUGAUUACCCUCAUAAAGUGGAGCCUAAUAUUGCACGGAAAGAUAAGGUUGACAGUGGGAGUAAAAUAAAGGAAAGGAGACCGUCAAGAUCCCAGAACAUUAGGAAUUCAGACACAGAUCAUCGUAGAGAAGAAAGAGGUUCUAAAUGUAGUUCAGAUAAAAAGUCUUGUCACAUGAGCGGACUUAGAUUAAAGAAGAAGCGAACAAGUCCCAGUAAUAUUUCAGAAGAGCAAAGGAAACGAUGCCGGGAUUUGCUGAAGAGUAAAUGCAACGAUAUAGAAAUACAGAAGACUCGAAAAGAGAGCAAAACAAUAGAGACCAAAGAAAAAAGCCAGACCUCUCCUCACUCCAAGGACUCUAUAAGGGACAAGCAAACAGAGUUAGUCAAAGAGACAAGUCAGGAGUUGUUGGUAAAAGAAAAAGAAAUCUUAGAUACAAAAACAUCCACAGAUUUCACCAGACAACAGUUUUCUAUUUCAACCGAGCCCAAAGUCUCCUUUAAAAUUGCUAAGUCGUCAUAUGCUCGGCCCAAAAUAGCCUCUGCUCCGCCACCUGUACAUUCCAACUUCAAGAUACCAAAGAAGGUUAAGCCAAGGCUCGUGGAGACAAACACAGGUGAGAGGAGUGACGUUACUUCUACAAGCGGGACAGCCACAUGUUCGACUGAGCACACCGUCUCUGAGGCCGCAACUGCAACAAGCAGCUUUAAACAGCCUCAUAGCUGUGUGGACGUUUCUCGGAGUUUUUUAAAAUCAUUUGAAAAAAAUGAUGAGACUCCAUCUUUGUCAAGUAUCCCCCCCACUACAAGUGAUGCCAUCGCAGCGCCGACAAGUGACCAGAUGCAAGUGGCAGAAGAGCUUCACCUUGCCCGGUCUGAGAGGAGACUAGAGGUGGAUGUAAUGCAGAGCUAUGGAGAGCUCACCUGUAUGGACAUAGACACCCCAGAAGAGAGCGCUACAUAUUCUCUAUGCAAACAACCUGCUCAGCAAAAUGUAAUCCUUGUUCUGGACACCAACAUUCUUCUCAGUCACUUGGAUUAUGUGAAAAAGAUGCAAUAUCAUGGCCUUGGAGCUUUGGGUUUGCCAAUUGUCCUGAUCCCCUGGGUGGUGCUCCAGGAGCUGGAUUCUCUAAAAAAGGGGAAAGGCCUCACAGGUUCUGUGGCUCAUCUGGCCUGUCCCGCCAUUUCCUACAUUUACAACUCUCUGAAAAAGCGAGAACGACACCUUUGGGGGCAGUCAAUGCAGCAGGCCGCUGAAAGUAACAUUAGUCUGAUGGCUGAGAAUAAUGAUGACAAAGUGCUGCAAUGCUGCCUACAGUAUCAGAGUUUGUACCCAGGCUGUGUUCUCAUCCUGUGCACAAAUGAUAAAAAUCUAUGCAGUAAGUCUGUCCUUAGUGGGGUUAAGGCCUUGAGCAAGAUUGACUUGGAAGCAGAGGUUGAGAGCUCAAGACAGAACCUUAACCCCCUACAAAGCACUGUCCUCCAGAGACUUCCCCAAAUGGACUCACCGAUGUCCUCUCCGAGGCCAGGAAGGAGUUGUACACCAGUGGCAUCUCGUACUCAAGAACGUCUGUCUUUAUCUCUCCCAGAGGAAGAUCACAGAAGUCCCACAGUGGAAGAGAAAAUAAAUAGAUGUGUCUCUGAGCUUGAAGACUGCCUGCAGGAGGUGCUGUCCAAUGUGCUUGAGAUGGAGAUGAAAGCUUCUUAUGAUGACUUGUGGCAAGAGAUCGUCUACUUAAAGCCACCCUGGAAUCUUCUUGACAUUCUCCAUUGUUUGAAAAAGCACUGGAGAGCAGUAUUUGGCUUCAUUGUCCCACGAUCUUUGCUGCAAACAGUUUUAAAUCUUAUUGACUUCUUUAAACGAGAUCAAUCAAGGGACCGUAGUUCUACACUGAUGACUAUCCAAGAAGCAAAGGAGUUUGUUAGGGAAUUUGCCAAAAGGUCAAGCCACGUUCCUCAGGCACUGACCACAAUGGACAACAUCGUCCACAAGCUACAACCUCAGCCUCAAUCAGAUGUCUGUGAUGUUGUAAUGAACGAGGAUGAUGAAGCCAAACAACUUCCUUCCUCUCAUGUCCCUCACCAUGAAGUCUGGGCCAUGUUUGAGAACAUCUGGUGUAAAGUCUGUGAGAUAAGCUUGGAAGUGUUCAAAGCUCUGGCCUUUGAUCCUCACACCAGACUGAGUGCCUUGCCUGUAGGAGGUCCUGCUCCACCACGGGAUGCCGUGGUCUGUCUGAGCCAAAUGUCCUCCAUGGUCUCACAGCUGCUCCAAGCCUUCAUCAGUGUUCUGUCCUCUUCUCCUGGUUUGCAAGAAGUGCAGGUGCUUCUCAGCACGAUCAAAUCCAAUAAGAUGGUUGAUGUUAAUUCCAGACUGGCGGAUACGGACCUACUCAGUUGUUUCUCACAGGAAGACUAUAGAAAAUCCUGAAGGAGAAUGUUCAGCCCUCAGUUUGAGACUUCAAAGCUGAAGGUCACUUGGGUUCUGCAGCAGGAUAACGAUCCAAAACACAACUCCGGUUUCCUCCCACAUCCCAAAAACAUGAAGGGUAGGUUAAUUGAAGACUAAUAAAUUGCCCGUAGGUCUGAAUGUGAGUGUAAAGGGUUGUUUGUUUAUAUGUGCCCUGCGAUUGGCUGGCGACCAGAAGAUAGCUGGGAUAGGCUCCAGCACGCCCGCAGUACAGAAAAUGGAUGGAUGGACAGUGCCCAACGGCCCAUCCUAUUCUACACAAAAACAAAUCAUCUGUUUUUGUGUAGAAUUGCAGCUUUUUGUGUGACUGCAGGUUGAACCUAGCAGCUGCCAUGGAAGCAAGCCAGAGUUCUAUUUGUUUCCCCACCUUUCCUGUCCUCCCUUCGUGUCCUCCCUUAAAGUCUUGUUCUGAUUAUUUCAUAAGAGCACAAGAUUUAAACUUUUCACUUUCAUUCAUGCAAUCUCCAUUGGUAAUAUUUUAUUUUAAAAUCACACUUUACCAAUAUUUUUACACAAUUAAUUAAGUGUACACUGAGGUUUUUAAGCAGUCAAAUGUCUGUAGAGCCAAAAUGUAUCUAAAGGUUCCUUCAGUUUAAACAGUUUGUUUACACAUUUACCCAACACGUCAUUGCUUCUGUCAGCUCAAAUUCACACAGGAGUUAACGCAUUUCCGAUUGAAGCUUUUACUUUGUGAGCACAUCAACACAGAUGUUAAAUAUUUGACUUCUGCUGUGCCCGCAGAAGUGCUGUGAUGCCAUCAGUAGAGUGAGAAUCCUCGUAGCUGUAUUUACUUUGCUCACCUUAUUUGACUGCAUAAUAUGUGACAUUAUAAUUACCAUUUCAGGACUCUUAUUUUAAUAAUACGCUGGCGCAAAUGAUACAGUAAAUACAAAUAUAAAAACAAUCAGAAAAGAAAAGAAAAUUAUAUUCAAAUAUUCAAAGGGUCUCUCACACUGAUGCAGCACAACAACAACAAUAAACCUGCUAUUAAAUGAAUUCCACGUUAUCAUUGUAAAAGCACAAUUCUUUUUGAUCUAGCACUUUGCGUGGAUCUGAUUCAAUUGUCAAUGGGUACCUAAUGAAAUGUAAAGUCUGAAUUAGAUGUGUGCUGAGCAAGCCUCAUAUCACUGCUACCUGUUCAUGUGAAUGCAAGUGCAGUGUUAGCAUCAUUAUUUUACUUUCGUAACAUUCCCUACACAGUCUUAGGUAUUAGUCCAACAACCUUAAAGAGCUGUUUGAGUAUGAAGAUUAUAAGAACAGUUUUAGGUAAAAUGUAUGCUGUCUGAAGAAAAUCACAGUGCCUUUUGUAAAUUGGCUUUGUUAGAACCAGGACAAAUGGAGAAAGCUGGACGUCAUUAGUUUUUCAUCUCAAAACAAAUGAUGGUAAACUAAAUAUUUUGUGACAACAUUUUCAACGCAAAACCCUCCAAUGAACUCCAAACCCUUUGUGUGUGUGUGUGUGUGCGUGUGCACGCAUGUGCGUGUAUCUCUAUGUGUGUGUUUGUCCCCGUGUGUUUGAAUGACUGUGACACUUGUGUUGAGAAUUAUGUAACAUUUAUUUUGGAGAACCGGAUUCUAAAAAUUGGGCCAGUUUCCUAAACCAACUGUAGCGAAUAAUUAACCUCACAUUAUGAAACAAUCGAGUCACAUGUUGAGUUGACAAGUGGAAGAAGGCUAAAUGAAUUCACGAUGAAAACGGUGUGAACAGCCAACACGUGGUGUGUCCUCCUCCUCUCCCUGAACACACCAUCGUGUUCCCUCGUUGCAUCUGCUGCUUGGCAGCCUUUGCCAAGGAUGUACUGCAGUCAGUGUGACCUUUUAUUCCAGCUCUUUUGUCUUAUGGCAGAAGGGCGCUAAUGUCUACCGUCACAUAGAAUUCUUUCACGAAUGACUUCCCAUUCAGUGUUACCGUACAGGGUUUUUCCCCCUUUCAACUCACACACAAUUAGAUCAAUAGCAGCGGACGUGGGUGAUUUCAUCAACUUUUGUUAACAGGAAAACAGCUCUGUCUAGCGGAGCUGUUUGUUUUAUUCCAUGUAUUCAUUUGUAGAGUAUGCUUAUGUUUAACUUAAACAGUAGUUAUGUUGAAAUUUAAAUAUAUAUUUUUUUGUUUUUGUUGGUUUUAUUGACAUUCUUUUUCAGGAUUUUCUAUUUUUUUCAUUUAUUUUAUUCAGUUGUAUAUUCUUAUUUUAAGGUUAAACUUUAUGUAACCCAUUGGCUAAUAAUAAAUGGGUCAUUUUUGCUCAUACCUACUGUUGCUGACCAUUGUUUUCUGUUUGAGUAAUAUCACGUGACUGAAUCCGGCCAAUACGCAAGGCUGUAAUAUCGGUAUGGUAUAAGAACUGAAAACGUUGUAUCGGGACAUCCCUAAUUUUGUUUGGGGGUUUAGAUCAGGGGAUGUCGUCGAGCUUUGUCAACUGUGGCCCUGUGAAGUCUUCUGAUACAAAUAAAGUGGACUUGACAUAGGGCCUAUUAUUAUGCCAAUCAAAACAAAUAGACAGCUUUUCCUAUUUAUUUAUCAUUCUUUUGUAUGCUGCUCUAUAUCAUAGACUAUAAUAGCAGGGUUGUCGAAGGGGGCGAACUACUAAAAUCAGAUCACACUUAAUAUAAUAAUACAUAAUAUAGUUUUCCUUUGUUUUAAAGCAAAACAAGCAUAUUAAAAUCUUUAGCGUGAAUGAAUUUUUUUUUUUUAUCAUUUUACAAAACAACCUCAGAUUUCUUCAUCAAUUACCAUUCUAUUUUCUACAUGAGCAUAAUAAUUCUCAAAAUCAUCCUUAGUCCCCACCACCACAAUAUUUUUUCACUUUCAAUUUCAACCUGCAGGCCAAAUUGUACUCCCGAGUAGCAUGUUUGACAUCCCUGAUGGAGAGCAAUUUAAUUUUCUCACCUGGGCAACUCCAGAGUGGAAGAGAGUCCAACCCCUCUGAAGAGGACUGGUACCAGAGCCCAAGCUGUGUUUGGAGGCGAGUCCGACUAUAUCUAGUCGGAACUUCUCGACCUCACACACCAGCUCGGGCUCCUUCCCUGCCAGAGAGGUGACAUUCCACGUCCCUAGAGCCCGCAUCUGUAGCACCCGACCCCUAUGGCCCCUCCCACAGGUGGUGAGCCCAUGGGAAGGGAGACCCACGUUAUCCUGUCGGCCUCUGCCCCAGACAACUUAGCUCCUAGGAUCAUUGGGACACACAAACCCCUCCACCACGAUAAGGUGACGGCUUCCAGGAGGGGACUGUAUUGAUGAAUAAAUAAAAAUGGGUUCUGGGAAAAAGGGCACUUAUCUCACCCAGGGCAAAAAAGCUUAUGUUGGAGCACCGCUAUGGGUCUUCAUAAACCAGGAACCCCUAUACCUUAGUUGUCAAACUCAAGGACAGGGGGCCACAAUUGGCCCACCACUUCAUUUUGUGUGGCCAAGCCCGUGAAAGUAAAUCAUUUGUGUCAACUUCCAUGACUCUUGCUAAAAUAUGUACCAAAUUUCAAUUCAUCCAUGCAUCCAUCCAUUUUCCGUACCGCUUAUCCUCACUAGGGUCACGGACGUGCUGGAGCCUAUCCCAGCUACAUUCGCGUGGAAGGCGAGGUACACCCUGAACUGGUCGCCAGCCAAUCGCAGGCCACAUAAAUAAACAACCAUUCGCACUCGCAUUCACACCUAUGGCCAAUUUAGAGUCUUCAAUUAACCUACUAUGCAUGUUUUGGGGACGUGGAAGGAAACCGGAGUACCCGGAGAAAACCCACACAGGCACAGGGAGAGCACGCAAACUCCACACAGGCAAGGCGAUUUGAACCCGGGUCCUCAGAACUGUGAGGCAGAUGUGGUUGCCAGUCAUUCACGGUGCCGCCUCAAAUCAUUAUAAAUAAUAUUGAGAUAUUGCAAGCAUUUGUUUGUUACCAAAACCCUUUUUACAGUAACUUGAACAGUAGUUAAAGAGAUUUGAAACUUGACUUCUGAUUUCAAAACUAGCUAUACAUUGGUGUGUUUAGUAUGUAAUACUAUGAUGAGGUGAUCAACCAUUUAUAUGGUUUGGCAGUCAUAACGGCCCUCUGCGGGAAACUGUACCAACAAUGUAGACUGGGACAAAAAUGAGUUUGACACCCCCUGGCCUAUGAGGUUAAGGUUACGGGUUAGAUGAAGAUGCUUUACAGUCAAUGAUUGUCUGAAGUCUGGAGGCUAUGAGCAUCGCCCCUGGAGAUGCUUUUUCAGCCCCUCAAUGCACCUCACCUGCUGCUAGUUUGUUACUGGUUUUAUCUACAUUUAGUGAAAAGCAUACGCUAUUGAGUUGAAGUCAUGGAAGUGUCAAUAUAUUGGUCUUAAAAAAGUCAAACAUUUCUUUUAUAGUAUAUUUAUGGUUGCUAUUCCUCCACACUGCGACACGUGAAAACGCAUGGCUUAGCGUCAUCUGAGGAAAUUGGUGGCAAUGAAAAAUCCCACUUGACCUAACCUAUGAACGUCUCUAUACAGCGGCUGAAAUACGUAUUUAACAUGUCACCAUUUUUCUCAUAUAUAUUUCCAAAGGUGCUAUUGACAUGAAAAUGUCACCAGAUGUUGGGAACAACCCAAGAAAUCCAUGCAUACAAAGAAAGUAGAACAAACUGUUUUCCUUGUGGCAACAGUACCUGCUAAUUCCAGGUCUUUUUGAAGCUCUCCACAGGUGGUCCUUGGCUCUUGGACAACUGUUCUGAUUAUUCUUCACACUCUUAUGUCAAAUAUCUUCAGAGGAACACUUAAUCUAGGCAAAUUUAUGGUGGUAUGAUUGGCUUUCCACUUACGUAUUGUGGCCCCAACCGUGUUCCCUGGAACGUUCAGAAGCUUAAAUAUGCGCCUGUCAUCAAUGCCAUCGUUAUGUUUUGCAACAAUUACUUUGCGAUGGUCUUGUGACAGCCCUUUGCUCUUACCAAUCAUUAGAUGUGUCUUGACUCACAUCUUGGCAAUGAGACCUUUUUGUAGGCCAUCAAUUAGGACUGAACGAGCUGAUAUUCAUUUGCACUCAAAAGGGGCUGGAUUGCUUUUUGAUUAUUGAUAGAGUUUACGUGAUUUUCAUGGCUUUUUGCACCUCCCUUUCUUCAUGUGUUCAAUACUUUUUCCCUGUGUCAUUUCACAUUUUUACACACAACUUAAUUUCAGAGCGUAUUUGUUCUACUUUCUUUAUAUGUAUGGAUUACUUGGGUUGUUCCCAACAUCUCUUGAAAUUUUCAGGUCAAUCGCACCUUUGAAAGUAGUAGUAGUUUAGUGAGAAAAAUGACGUCUUACAUAUUUCAGCCGCUGUACACCUCAAGUGAUCAUAAUGCACAUUCAUAAUGCAUAUUGAUAUUGCACUUUCAAUUAAUACUUUUUAUACUGUAUAUACCAUAGUUGUAUUUAGCUUUUUAUAUUUAUGUUAUUAUUUGUACUGUCUUUGUAGCACUGCGGGCCUUUGAGUACCGUCAUUUAAAUCCUCUGUAUGUGUUACGCAUAACUCGUAUUUGAUGACGUUAAAUUCGACAAAAUUUCACAAGACUUGCAACUUGACUUGGACUUGAACAGCAAUGACUCGUGACUUCACUCAGACUCGAGCCCAUUGACUUGAAAAGACUUGCCCAUUUAUUUGAAAAGAUUUGCCAUUUUUACUGAAGUAUUGAGAUACAAACACUCCACCGUUCUCUCAAUAGCUCAACAUGCCAAAGUCUAGUUGAUGACAGGAAUUUCAGUACUAUAACGUUGAUGUUCUCAACAGAUAUCGCUCAGGUGGAAGUGUCCUACCAUUCGAAAGGUUUAUUAAACCUUAUUUAUUUUAACAGUUAACGCCCUGUUGGGUACACUCAUAUAGAGGAAUUGACCAGGAGGUCACUCUUUCAGACACUACCUACAGUAAUGUUUUCAUUUAAAAAAAAAAAAAAAAAAAAACACACACACACACAGUGCAACAUAAAUAAAUAAUAAAUUACAUAAGGUACACAUUCGACGAAGUACUGGUAACAUACCCAAAAACGACAGUGACAAUUAAUGUACCAAGAAGGACGUUAAUUAUUGCAAAAAAUAUAUAUAAUAAUAAUAAUAAUCCGCUUUGCAUUGUGGGUUCGCGCGUCUUGACGUUACGUCUGCUCGUUUUUGUUAGCAUUAGCAGCUAGCUGUGCGAACAGUCACACAAAUAGUUACACUGUAGGCCAGGCAUGCCUAACUGUUCAUUAGAGUCUGGUUUAUUCAGUGUAGUGUUCUCAAAAAUCAGCAUUGUAUUUCUUUUUUUAAUUCAUUUUAUUUACCGAUCAGCACACAGCUACCAUGUAUUCAACAUGAAGCAACAUUCUUCUUCGUGCCCUUUUCUUCUCCCUGUUAUUUACGUAAUAAUUUAGUUGUGCCCCCUAGUGUUCUGACUGAGAUAACACAGUUGAAUAAAAUUGUCCCUUUUCGAUAAGAUGACAAACUUGUGUUCCUUUUUUAAAUCAAUGCCUUGUUUUGAUACUCACAGGAAAUGCCAAGUUUAAACUGAAAUCUAUUUAUAUGUGUGUUUUAUUUAUUUUAUUAUCCUCACGAGAAAUGUUUGUAGACAAGAAAAUGCAGUUUCCUGCUAAACGCACAAUGUGAAUUUAAGAAAAAUACUGUUACCGAAAAGAGGGGCGGCACGGUGGACGACUGGUUAGCAUGUCUGCCUCACAGUUCUGAGGACCUGGGUUCAAAUCUGGCUUUGCCUGUGUGGAGUUUGCAUGUUCUCUCCGUGCCUGCGUGGGUUUUCUCCGGGUACUCCAGUAUCCUCCCACAUCCCAAAAACAUGCAUGGUAGGUUAAUUGAAAACUCUAAAUUGCCCAUAGGUGUCAAGUUCAGGGUGUACCCCGUCCCUCGCACGAAGAUAGCUGGGAUAGGCUCCAGCACGCCCGUGACCCGAGCGAGGAUGACCGGUAUGGAAGAUGAACGAAUGAAUGAAUCUAAAAGAGGAAACCAAUAGGUCGCUCAUUAUUAAGUGAAAUGUCUCAUUUUCUCUUGUGUAUUCACGAUUGCUCUUUAACCAAAAACAAAUAUGUAUCUUAGCCGAUUACGUGAUUAUUCUAUAGAAUUGUCAGUAGGACACUCGAUUACUAAUUGCAGCACUUCUGGAUAACAUUCUCAUUUGCACAGGUCUGUUUAAUAUAAUUUCAGAAAUAAAGUGAGAAAAAGUAAGUCAUAGAAUGUUGUGUAAUUUUUUUCAUUGAAUAACUGAAAAUGAAAAUCAAUCUGUUUUGAAGGAGAAAAACUAAGCGCACCCCCCUUGACAAUCUGCUUUGAAGGAGUAAAAACUUUGAUCAGCCCACUAGUGUUCUUAUAAAGGUUCAAUACACUUAAUUAAAUUUGUUUUGAUAAAUGAAUAUGCAUUUUAAAUAUAUUUAAUCUUAUAUAUAUAAAAUAUAUAAGUAUAUUCAUCCAUCCAUUUUCUGAACUGCUCAUCCUCAUUAGGGUCACGGGUGUGCUGGCAUCUAUCUCAGCUGACUCCCGGUACACCCUGAACAACCAUUUGUACUCCCAUUCAAACGUACGGACAAUUUAGAGUCUUCAAUUAACUUGUUUUUGGAAUGUUGGAGGAAACCAGACUAAGUAUAUAGUAUGUUAUAAUGACUUAAAACUCAAAGUGUAGGACUUGCGACUUGACUCGGGACUUGCCUGUCUCAACUUGGGACUUGACUCUGGACUUGCUUGUCUUGACUUAGGACUUGACUCGGACUUGAGUGUAAAGACUUGAGACUUGCAAAGCAAUGACUUGGUCCACCUCUGGGUAUCAGUGUUCUUUUGAUUCUGUUGAUAUUGUGAAAUAUGUUGUUUAAAUCAAAAUAAAUGAGUAUGAUUAUCUAUUUGAGUUCUUAUUGCCAGUUACUAUGAAAAUGAGUUAAGGCAAAUACAUGGUAUGUAGGCCCAUUUAGCUCAUGGAAAUUGCAUUCCCAUGUGGAUGUCUCUCUUUCUUCUGUUUUGAAUUAUUUUGUGUCCUUAGAGAGAAGCUAAGAGUUGGUGUCAAACAGCUGACAGAGCUAAAGGAGGCACUGGACCACUGUGUUCAGACCACGGAUCAGCAUGUCACUCUAAACCUGUAGUGGUCCCCAGAGCAGUGAGACCAGGUUUGGGUCACGGCUCAGGUUUGACUGACAUCACUAGUGCUCAUAUCACAGUCUAUCUCUGAAAGUUAACACCAUGCUAAAUCCUGUCAGUGCUUAGUGUGUUUACAUUGGGCUGAAAAAGUGAUACAAAAGUGAGUUUGUUUCAUAGCCAUCAUUGUUUUGUCCAGCAGAUAUUGAGUACAGAACACUCCAUUUUAUAGCAACUAAUCUGCAACAGGUUUGGUUGUCCAUGCUCCCCAUCCACGAUUUAAAGGCCUGUUUUAUUGUUCAUAUUAGUUGUUUCAUAAAAUGCAAUUAUCGUCUUAUUUGUUUCUUCAAUUGUGGUCCAAAAUGUAGUUUGGUUUAUUUAUUAUUUUGUAUUUUUCUGGACCGUAUGGAUUUCUUAACAUAUCCAAAAGAUUUUGUUUAUAAAUAAUUCUCAAACUACAUAUUUCUCUUUGUAAAAGGUAAACCUUUUGAUAAUGCUGCUGUUGCACAUCAACUGUUGCUUAACGCAACAGUAUUUAGCUGUAUGAUUAAAAAAUAAAAUGGUU